GCGAUCCACUGGUCCAGGUGGAGGCUGUAUGGAGAGGAAGGGAAGAUGAGGGGAGAACUGGACUCAGCCUCUCCAGAAGAAAGAAAAGGCCCUGUUGCCACGGAGGCUGGGAGCAGAAGGGAACUGUGGGAAGGAACCUUGCAGAAGAGCCUGGGAGAGGAGUUUCCCCCUCCAGAUGCGCAGCGCCAGCAAUUCCAGCAAUUCUGUUAUCAGGAGGCCGAAGGGCCCCGAAAGGUCUGCAGCCAACUCCACCGCCUUUGCCUCCAGUGGCUGAAGCCAGAAAGGCACAGCAAGAAGGAGAUCCUGGACCUGGUGAUCCUGGAGCAGUUCCUGGCCAUCCUGCCCCCAGAAAUGGAGAGCUGGGUCAGGGAAUGUGGGCCAGAGACCAGUUCCCAGGCGGUGGCCCUGGCAGAAGGGUUCCUCCUGAGCCAUGCAGGUGACAAGAAUCGAGGCCAGGAGUUUUCCUUUGUGGGAUCUCCACUUCCCUUUCAGGUUCAGGAAAGGAUCAACUUUUGCCACGGAGCAACAUUUCCAGAUGAGGCCGUGAACCCAACAAUAUAUUCUUUGCCAUAUGUUUGCAGCAGAGAAACAUCAACUUCUCUAUGGCCAGAGCAGGGUCCGGUGACCUUUGAGGAGGUGUCUGUUCAUUUCACUGAGGAUGAGUGGGCUCUACUGGAUCCGGAAAAAAGAAGCCUUCACAAGGAAGUCAUGGAGGAGAAUUUUCAGAAUGUGGCCUUUCUGGAGGCUCAUGGUCCCCAGAGAAAGCCUGAGGGAGAACCACAAGAACUCCCAUUGGAAGGAGAACCGCAGAGGAGAAGUAAUAGGACAAAAUGGAAGAGGGGAAAUAAAUCAUCCUAUCACCGAAUCCAUACCAGGGAGAAACCAUAUAAAUGUGUACAGUGUGGGAAGAGUUUUGUUCAGAGUGGAGAGCUUACUGCCCAUUGUCAAAUCCACACAGAGGAGAAACCAUAUAAAUGCAUGGAGUGUGGAAAGAGCUUUGCUCAGAAUUCAAAUCUUACUGUCCAUCAACGAAUCCACACAGGGGAGAAACCAUAUAAAUGCAUGGAGUGUGGAAAGACCUUUGCUGGGAGUUCACAGCUUACUGUCCAUCGACGAAUCCACACAGGAGAGAAACCAUACAAAUGUGUGGACUGUGGGAAAAGCUUUGCUCGGAGUUCAGAGCUUACUGUCCAUCAACGAAUCCACAUAGGGGAGAAACCAUAUAAAUGCAUGAAGUGUGGGAAGAGCUUUGCUCAAAAUGCACAUCUUGCUGUCCAUCAACGAAUCCACACAGGGGAGAGACGAUAUAAAUGCAUGGAGUGUGGAAAGUCUUUUACUUGGAGUACCCAGCUUACUGUCCAUCGACGAAUCCACACAGGAGAGAAACCAUACAAAUGUGUGGACUGUGGGAAGAGCUUUGCUCGGAGUUCAGAGCUUACUGUCCAUCAACGAAUCCACACAGGGGAGAAGCCAUAUACAUGCAUGGAGUGUGGGAAGAGCUUUGCUCGGUAUACAAAUCUUAUUGACCAUCGACGAAUCCACACAGGGGAGAAACUGUAUAAAUGUGUGGAGUGUGGGAAGAGCUUUGCUCGGAGACAACAGCUUACUGUCCAUCAACGAAUCGACACAGAGGAAAAACCAUAUAAAUGUGUGGAGAGUAGAAAGAGCUUUGCACAGAAUGGAAUUGUUACUGACCAUCAACGAAUCCACAAUGGGGAAAAACCAUAUAAAUGCAUGGAGUGUGGAAAGACCUUUGCUAGGAGAUCACAGCUUACUGUCCAUCAACAGAUCCACACAGGAGAGAAACCAUAUAUAUGUGUGGACUGUGGGAAGAUCUUUUCUCGGAGUUCACAGCUUACUGUCCAUCAACGAAUCCACAUAGGGGAGAAACCAUAUAAAUGCAUGGAGUGUGGAAAGACCUUUACUUGGAGUACCCAUCUUACUGUCCAUCGACGAAUCCACACAGGAGAGAAACCAUACAAAUGUGUGGACUGUGGGAAGAGCUUUGUUCGGAGUUCAGAGCUCACUGUCCAUCAACGAAUGCACACAGGGGAGAAACCAUAUAAAUGCAUGGAGUGUGGAAAGACCUUUGCUACGAGUUCACAGCUUACUGUCCAUCAACGAAUCCAUACAGGGGAGAAACCAUAUAAAUGCAUGGAGUGUGGAAAGACCUUUACUUGGAGUACCCAGCUUACUGUCCAUCGACGAAUCCACACAGGAGAGAAACCAUACAAAUGUGUGGACUGUGGGAAGAGCUUUGUUCGAAGUUCAGAGCUCACUGUCCAUCAACGAAUGCACACAGGGGAGAAGCCAUAUACAUGCAUGGAAUGUGGGAAGAGCUUUGCUCGGAAGCCACAUCUUAUUGUCCAUCAACGAAUGCACACAGGGGAGAAGCCAUAUAAAUGUGUGGAGUGUGGGAAGAGCUUUGCUCGGUAUACAAAUCUUAUUGACCAUCGACGAAUCCACACAGGAGAGAAACCGUAUAAAUGUGUGGAGUGUGGGAAGAGUUUUCCUCGGAGGCAACACUUUACUGACCAUCUACGAAUCCACACAGGGGAGAAACCAUAUCACUGUGUGGAUUGUGGGAAGAGCUUUGCUCGGAGGUCCCACCUUACUUCCCAUCAACGAAUCCACACACAGGGGAAGCCAUAUAAAUGUGUGUAAUGUGAAAAGUAGUUUUCUUAGAGAUCAGGACUUAUUGUUUAUCAGUGAAUCCACUCAGCAGAGAAACCAUAUAAAUGAUUAGAAUCUGGAAGAAACUUGUGCUUAAACAAUCAUCUUUUCGAACUUCUUGGGAAAUGAUGAUCUGAACUGGAUCAGUUCUAAAACACUCCAUGCUUACUUUGCUGUAGACGUAUUUAUGCCAGGUUAGAGGGAAUGUAUUUCUCUAUCUAUACACCUCUCCCUAUAAGGGAGACCUAACUGAUAGGUAAUUCCAUGGAAUGGUUGCCUGAUUUAUUCAGAUCCUACCUGGGUUCUGAUAACAUAAAGUCAGCAGAGAAAAAGGGUCCUUUGCCAAUAAAGUUUGACCACCCCAUUUCUACCCAUAUUUUCCUUUUUUCUUUUUGCUCUUUUUCUUACAUCUGCAUUCUUUUGGGCUUAUUUCUAAAGAUUUGCCUUGGAAGUAUAACUUACCUUGGGAUGCUGGUAAAUCCCCAGCAGUGUCUGACUUCACUGGAAAGAGUUUCUGAAAUUUAUGGACUUACAAAGUACCAAGAACUGAUUCAUGAGAGAUUUAUAACAAUGCAGAUAUAAACUAUAGAAUUAUGCAUACCUUAAGUUAAUUAUUUCUUUCAAGAAAGCUCUAACUUUAAACACAGGUGAAGCAACAGAAGCAUUGAAUUAUUUGUAUUCUGGACACAUCCUAUCUCACUGCAAAUAUCUGUGGAUUAUUUUCUCUCUGGACCAACAAUUGCAGGUUAUUUUCAUUGUGGACUAACAACUGGUUGUUCUUCCCCUCCUUAUUAUAAUUCUUUUUCUUUUCUUUUUUCCUCCCGUGCCGAUAAUGAUUGCCUUUUAAAGGGAAUGGAGCUUCAGCUCUGUUGUGAUGCCGCAAAAGAACAACUUGGCAGAUUCGACAAAUGGAUGGCUGAACAGGAGGAUACAAAAGAAAUAAAUUACUUUUUUAUUUUAAAUAUUAUCAAUUAGAGCACCAUCUCUGACAAUUUCUAGUAUACAAAUAUAACAAAAAUACCUUGGACUUUGUUCUUUUUUUCUUUUUCUCCAGGCAACAGGAAGCACAAAGGAAUCAGCAUACUGGAAGAUAGAAAUAUCACUGCUGGGCAAGUCUCCCAUUUGCUACUUUUUACUAUUUGGCUUUCCCCCCCUCUCUCUCUACAUUCCUUUUUCCUAAUUCCAUUUCUCCUUAUUAUCUCUCCUCCUGUUUUGUUUAUUAAAUUUUCUUAUCAAAUUUAAAUGUCAGUACAAGAUACAAAAAGUUUUGCUGGUGAUAUAAUGAUGAUUAUGAUAUGAUGCCUAGGACAUCUGCCACACUUUUUGUUUUCUGCUUUUCUUUCUACUUUUAUUCAUAAAGACUUAUUUAUAAAGACAUACAAAGACUUAAGACAACAUCUCUAUCUUAUUCAUAAUAGUUUGUUUAUUCUAACUAUAAAAAGUGAUAGUUCUAAAUUCUUUAUCUGCAUAGAUAAAGUAUAUAGAAGUAGUAUAUGGAAAAUUUGUAUAAUAUUUUUAUAAACAGUAGAAGCUACUCAUCUUAUCUCCAAAGGAGAUAAUACGAGUAGCUGCUAGGGAAAUAAUACAAUGGUUCUCUUUUUCUCUGUGAAACUAUUCUACCUUCCUGAUUAUAAAUCUCUGGUCUAACAACAACACCUUCUGGAUGCAUGAGAAAUAGCACUUUAUAAUCCUGAUUUAUGAAAAUGGACCUUUAGGCACCAAAAUAAUUUGACUUUACCGGAGUUAAGAGAGAAGAAAUUAAUUUUGUGGGAUUAAAGAAAGAAAAGAGGAAGAUGUUUAGCAAAGAAUGGCAUUUGUCAGGUGCUUAUAGACAUAUGCCCAAAGAAUGAAAAUAAAAUUCACAAGGUUUAUACCGGAUUUGGAACCCAAAAUAAAUGAGCAAGAGAAGUCAUAAUUCAUGUGGUGAUAAAAAUGGAGGUUUUUUUUAAAAUUAUCCUUUGAAAGAAUAGGAAGAGUGGGAAGAAAUAAAGGAAUAUCCUAGACCAAAAGGGGAACAGGAACAAGAAUAGAACUGUUAUGUGGACUUGAGCAAAGAACUUUAGCAUAAAUAAACAAGUGGAUGAACAGAAAAUUUGGCCCCAAAUUUAUUUGGUGUUAAAUCUUUAAGGAGAAUUCCCUAUAAAAUUAUUGAUGGUAGAUGUUUUUAGAUAAAAUGGUACAAAUGGCUGAAGGUAUAUUAGUUAAAGAUUGGAAAUGGGAAUAAUAAGAACGAUUAUUUUAUUAUUUUGGGUGGAGUGGAAACAAAAUAAAAACAUUCUGGCUAUCAUUAUGUAUGUCAAUGAGAAUUUUAAAGAUUAAUUUAUAGUCUAGACUGGACUUUUAUAUUUUGGGAAAUAUGAAUAAAAAUGGGGAAAGAUUAUGGUUUUUAAAUGUUAUAUGUGGUAUUAAAAAUGGAAGUGUAAGGCUCUGCAUCAGUGGAAGUUUAGAUUGGAUUGAAAAUAUGAGGGUUUUAGUUGAGACCAGAGGUCAUUUCGUAGAAAAAGAGCUGGAGGAACUCAUUAGCAUAACUCAUUAGCAUAUGCCACGCCCCUUGCCAGCACCGGAAGUGUGUAAUUAGCAUAACUGAUUUACAUAUGCCACACCCCCUGACAUCAACUAUCCUGGCUGUUUUGGACCCAAUCCUGGCCUUUCAGGGCCGAAAUUGGGCCCAAAAUGGCAAAAAAGGGGCUGAAAAUGGCCAAAAAGGGGCCCAAAAUGGUCAAGAUCGGGCUGCUGCUGAGUGGGAAAGUGAUCCACCACCCAUCAGUGGCCCGGUCUGGGCCAUUUCGGCCCCAUUCCAGGCUGAAACGGGCCCAAAAUGGUUGAGUCAGGUGGGCGGGGCCACCUGACAUGUGACCUCUUGGGGGAACUGCCAGAACUCCGUUCCUGAGCAUUCCCCCUCGAAAUGAGCCCUGGUUGAGACAGCCAAACUUACAUUUGUAAAGCGGGAUAAAACCAUUGUUUACAUACAUGGCAAAGUGGAAACCCUUUAUGACUCUCUGCGAAUGAAGAAGAAAAAUGAACUAAUUAUUGGUGCAAUUAAGAAUAAGGAGUUGGGAUGUUAAGAA